AUGGCUGAAAAUAAUAUAUCUUAUAAUGGUUCUGAUUAUUCUAGUACAGAUAAUCCUUCAAAUGUCUCAACACCUCAACAUAUAAAUGAAUCUAAAGGAGUAAUACCAGAUCAAAUUCGUUUUUUACCUAUUGCUAACGUGACACGUGUUAUGAAACGUGCCAUACCACAACAAGGAAAACUUUCUAAAGAAGCUAGAGAAUGUGUUCAGGAGUGUGUUUCUGAAUUUAUUAGUUUUAUUGCAUCUGAAGCUAGUGAUAAAUGUGCUAUGGAAAAGAGGAAAACUAUUACAACUGAAGAUAUUUUAUUUGCUUUUAAACAAUUGGGAUUUGACAAUUAUUAUGAAUAUUUGACAAGAUUUACCAAAAAAUAUCGUGCUGCUCAAUGGAGUGGUAUUGGAAAGUAUCCUUUAAAGACAAAUGAUGUUAAAGAAGAACAAUCAACUAAUAGUCAACAUAAUAUUGAUGUAAAAAAUCAAAAUAAUUCACAGUUAUCAAAUAUUCAAUCUAUACCUAAUCAUCCACCACAACAACAGCAGCAGCAACAACAACAACAAAAUCAAGUUACAACACAAACACAAGAUCAACAACAAGUUCAAAAUCAAACUUCUAGUUCAAUUCAAGUACAGGGAGCCAUAAUAACUGAACCUAUUGUUAUUCCAAGUCAGGGACAAAUGUCAUUAAUGGUAGAUAGUGAUACAGGAGUUCAUUAUUUAGUUCAUUAUGGACCUGAUGGAACAACAUAUGGAAUUCCAGUUAAUGUUGCUGUUUCUAGAGUACCACCUAAUGGAAUUAUCUCAUCUACGGCGAUUCAGGCACACCAACAAAAUACGUAG